UUGCUCCAGUUGCGUUUGCGUUCGCCAUAUUGGUCUGACUUGGUGUUUUUUUUUUCUUUAGGAAUUACUACGAGACAGGAGGAGACGGGAGUGACUUCUGAAGAGCUGCACACUUUUCCUGCGAUCACUUCUUCCUUUUGCCACAUUGACUGCAUUGCUUUUUUUUGUUCCGUUUUUCUUUCUUUUUUUUUUUUUUUUGGCAUGCAUGAUCUCAUGCUUAUUGGUUGCCUGAACAUUGUUUUAUUACGGGAAUAAUUGGUUUCUACUUUGACGUCUAAUAUCAAGAGCAGCUACUUGUUUUUAUUUAAAAAAACAAUUUUUUCGGGCUGCGUUUCAUGUAGCAAAAUGUCGGACGUGCGUCUUUCUAAUGGAAGUCCGCCACUCGAGCGCGUGGACACGAGACCGGACGGACACGCCAAGCCCUCGGUGUGCAGAAACCUGUUCGGAUCGCCGGACCCGGGGGAAGUAAGACAGUCGUGUCUGGACGAGUUGCGGAGGUCGGAAGAGGAGCACAAGGAGAAGUAUAACUUCGACUUUGUGAAAGACAAGCCGCUCGAGUCGGGCAGAUUCGAGUGGCAGUCAGUAGACGCCAGAGACGCGCCCGAGUUCUACAGGCCGUCGCGUGCAAACCGACGUGUGGACCUUAACGGGGGUCAGACAGACUGCCAAAAAACGCAAACCGUCGCGAAAAAAAGACCUUCCACGGAGGACUCGGAUUCUGCGCGACAGAGUAAAAGAUUGAACCAUGGAGAGGAAGAGAGCAGCAGUCAAGAAAGAGCAGAGCAGACACCCAGAAAAUCAGAUUCCAGCACGUAAAACAACAGGACCUGCAGGCGAAGCUGAAUAGACUCUUUUCUGUUUCCUGCAGAGAGAUGAAGAAUGUGCAUUUCUCCAACAAAGAGCUUUAUGAAGUAAACAGGGACAACAAAUAGAGCAUUUCCUUUUCCACGGAUGUGCGAGGCAGUAGAAGCACUGAUUUCUUUUUGUUUUAUUUUUUUUUUGUUGUUUUUGUUUUUUUGAGUAAAUACACUAAAGUUUUCGCACUCAAAAAGACAUUUGCCUCAAAAGCAGAUGAUGUAGCAGUGUGCAAAUGUUUUCUUUUUGCUUUUGUCAUUACUACCUAUGUAAAUAAUUAUAUGUAGCAUAUUAAAAUAUAACAUUUAUGAUGAGAAAAAGCAUAUUGUGUGAAUGACUUGAAGAAUUGCUGUGCAGUUUUCAAAACUACCCCUAAUAAUCUACCCAGAUUAAAAUAGUCAAUAUUGUCAGGGUUUAAAACCUAAUAAGUUUGAUUAAUUAAAAAAAUUAUCACAAGGGAUCAAGGUCCUCUAUUAAGAGCUACAGUCAAAAUAAAAUUCAUAGUUGAAAGAAAGCAAUUUGAGACACCUGUAGAUAAAUGUUUAUUUUUUAUUUUUUGGUAUUAUUAGUGAUACCAUAGAGUGUAUGGUACUUAAUUAUGUGAAGUUUUAUUUAAAAAUCUGCCAAAGUCACAACACAUUUAGGCAGGGAUUUUCCCUUUUUAGGGUGUGGUUUAUGGUUUUGACAGUGUUACACAGUAUUAUUAUAUAUCUAGGUUAUUCCACUAGUUUUCCCCCUGGAUUGUGUUUUUAAUUUUUUUUAUUAUGAAUGACAAAGUCUACUGAAUAAUUUUUUAACAGGAAACUGAAAAUAACAGCAAAUCUUCUUCAGUCACUUUUUUGUGUAAUUUUCUUCAUUGUAUCUCUUUGUAGCAGAUUUUUAGAUUCUAUUUUUUUAAAACACUGGUCCAUUUUAUUAUUUUUUUUCCCCCUUUUUGGCAUCACACAUGAUAUUCAUGUUGAACAUGAUGUUCCACUAUCCCCCAAAAAAAAACGCAAAUCAAAAACUAAGACGUUACACUGCAUGUGUAAAAUUCUGAAGUGUACCUGUGUAUAUUGCUUUGUAAAAACACUGAGGAAAUUAUACUAACUUAUUUAUGUUAAGCCUUUUUUUUUGUGGUUGUUAUUGACUAUCCAAAGUGGCAUUUGUUGUUUUUCUUUUUUCUUUCUUUUUUUUUUUUUUUAACUACCUUUUUAUUUAGUUUUUUUACUGAAAGUUAUUUUCAACUAUUGAAAAGAAUUUGUGCAAGGUUGCAAACUGAGCCUAUAUCAAAAAAAAAAAAAUUGAUGUGGAUUUUGUAUUGCUUGUUUAAAGUAAUUAAUAAAAAAAAAUGACAAACACA